CUAAAUAAGUAUUGGGCCGGAGACUAGCAUGGCCCAAGAAGCCUGCGGUAAAUUGUAAUGACACUAAUACCCCUCUCCGCAACAACAGGAUGAGGAACUAGCGACUGAGGAUGGAAAUGGAAGAGGGUAGAAUCGAACUGAGACUUCCUUGAAGCCGGCGGCCGGCCGAUUCCUCUAUUCAACUCAAGCUAGUCUGCAAUGGCCGCAUCGGCGGCGGUAUCUCCCCGGACGCUGCUCUCUUCCUUCCAUCAAAGGUUCAUCUUUACUGUUCCAGCCUUCUUAAAUCUUCCCGCCAGCAGCGCUAGGUGCAACUGCCGCGGCGGGAAGGUUCGCCUGUUCUCCGCGAUCCGCUGCGUACAAUCAGCCGAAGAAAUUUCCACCGCCACGGGGAUAACGACCUCCGUUUCGGAGGAAAUCGGGCGGCGCAAUGUAAUUGACAUAUUGGAGGAAAGAGGUUUGCUGGAAUCCCUCACCAGCGACAAUCUCAGGUCGGUUUCCUCCAAUUCAGAAUCUUCUCCACUUAGGGUUUACUGUGGCUUCGAUCCCACCGCCGAGAGCUUGCACUUAGGCAACCUCCUCGGUAUCCUAGUCCUCUCCUGGUUCCACCGCUGCGGCCAUAGAGUCGUCGCGCUUAUCGGCGGCGCCACCGCCCGAAUCGGCGAUCCCUCGGGGAAAAGCCUCGAGCGGCCCGAGCUGGACGUGGAAACCCUCGAGAGAAACACCUUAGGGAUAGCCAAUACCGUAACCAGAAUCCUGAAUUCGAGCAAUUCGACAACCUCUUUCGUGGUUAUGAACAAUUACGAUUGGUGGAAGGAGUUCAAAUUGCUGGAUUUUCUCAAACAGGUAGGGAGAUACGCUAGGGUAGGAACCAUGGUUGCGAAAGAGAGUGUGAAGAAGAGGCUUGAAUCCGAACAAGGAAUGAGCUACACGGAGUUCACUUACCAGCUAUUACAGGGCUAUGAUUUUCUCUACCUCUUCCAGAACCAUGGAGUGAAUGUUCAGAUUGGAGGCAGUGAUCAGUGGGGGAACAUUACGGCAGGAACUGAUCUCAUCAGGAGAAUCCUUCAGCCGAAGGAAGGCGAAGGAGGGUUCGGCUUAACUUUCCCUCUCUUGCUCAAGAGCGACGGGACCAAGUUUGGGAAAUCUGAGGAUGGAGCCAUUUGGUUGUCCCCUGCAAUGCUGUCUCCUUACAAGUUUUACCAGCACUUGUUCUCGGUUCCUGAUUCCGACGUGAUCAAGUUUCUCAAGAUGUUGACUUUCCUCGACAUGAAGGUGGUAGAUGAGAUGGAAUUGCAGAUGCAGAGUCCGGGUUACUUGCCAAACACUGCACAGAAGCUGCUUGCAGAAGAGGUUACUCGAUUUGUUCACGGCGAAGAAGGCCUUCGAGAGGCGAUCAAGGCUACUGAGGCUUUGAGGCCUGGAGCCGAGACUAAGUUGGACUGGAAGACGAUUGAAGGGAUUGCUGAGGAUGUGCCUUCCUGUUCCAUGGCAUAUAAUGAAGUUGUCGAUCUGUCGGUCGUUGAUCUCUCAGUGUCUUCCGGUUUGUUGGAAAGCAAAUCGGCAGCUAGGAGGUUGAUGAAGCAAGGAGGUUUGUACCUGAACAAUAGCAGAGUUGAUGAGGAGAGUAAGAGAAUCGAGAAUGAAGACAUAGUUGAUGGGAAGCUUCUCCUUUUGUCUGCUGGCAAAAAGAACAAGGUUAUAGUUCGCAUUUCUUGAUCUCCCAUAUGGCUUAAAUUCAACAGGCAGUUAGUUGCCUUAAAAGUGGAGCUUUUGUUUCGUUCUCUGUUGUUGAUAAGUGCAGCUCUUCAUUUUUUGAGAGGUUCACGAAACCAUUUGUAAGCACUGUUUAAUUGAUUCAUCAAACAAGUUUCUUCCUUUACCUAUCACAUCGAUUUGUUUCUGUGAAUGGUAUUUUUGGUCACAUUCAAAGUAGGUCUUCUAUGUAUUUGCAUCUUUAUGUUAGUCCAUUGAGCUGCAUUCAAAGCAAACCAGCUUAGAAAGUACCAAUAGAAGCUCAGUUCACCCGCUACUGCAGCAGCUGAUAAACUACUUGGUUACAGAGCUAUGGAGCCCUGAACUGGACAAGCCAUAUAGAGUGUCAAAGCUUAGCUUUUUCAACUGCAUCACUGGAUAUUGUAUUACCAUUGGUGAGAAAUAGAAAAGCAACCAUGCACUUCCAAAAGCGUUCUGUUCUGGCUUUAGAAACUUGUUAAAAAGGCUCAGAAAUCCGCCAUUGUUAUCAGACGACAAUCAGCCAUUGGCUGCGUAAUCAGAGAAGCAGCUAGAUGCUGGCUCGAUCGCCUUGCCCAACAGCGCUGCCGUCUGAUUAAAACCUCUCUUUAGGUGGAUCAUCACAGCCUCGAUUUAGAGAAGAAGUGAGCAAGCGGAAGAAGAAGAAUCCAUUUCCAGUUCUCCAGAGAGAGACAGAAAGGCAUAGAAAGAGAAGCGAAGGCAAGGCUAGCUAGCAUAGUAGAGUAACAAACAAACAACGUGACGGGAGAAGGCGGCAAGCAAUCGGAGAAACCAUCGGCUCCGCAGCCAUUCGGAGAAGGGAUCCCCUUCUCAGAGAGCAAAGCCUCAUUCACGUCCCAAAUGAGAGUGGCAGAGUUCCCCAUCGCCGGCGAUUUGGCCUUCUCCGUGAGUAUUUUAUACUUAGUUUACAUCCCCUUCAUUUUGCUCAGUUACGAGAUUGCCCUUUAUUUAUCCCCUCUUCUCUUGGUCUGAUUAUUUUUUUUUUCCUAAUCCAUUUUCCCGCAGUAGUUCGUUAGUUAAUAUUUUUAUCUUUUUUACGCUUAAUAUUAUGGCGAAAUUACCUUUCCGCCCUCACAAUUUCGCCAUAAUUUCCCUUCUCCCGCUUUCUUUCUUUCCCUUCCUUUUUCCCACUCUCCCACCACCGCCGCAGCAGCAGCUCCGGUUGUUUUCUUUCCCCCACCUUUCAUGGGCUCCUCUCCCUUCUUUCAAGUCUCUCCAAACCCCAAGAAAAACCUAUUCCCUUUCCGCUUCUUUCUCCACCUGUCUCGCAUAUUCUCUCGCUUCUAUUCACAGAAUUCCUCGCCGCACGCCACACUCCUGUUGUCUUCUGGAUUGCAUGACAACAACAGGGCUAGACAAAACAAGAAGCCUUCUCAACAGAAGAAAAAGCUUGAAGCUUUCUUUUUCUACCCAUUCAACUCGCAUUAGCUUUCUUUUUCUUCCAGCUGAGCAGGGCUCUCUUUACAUCCCUCAAUUUUGCCAAAAAGGCCACCUGGUUGGUCUAUAGGAGAAGUGGGGCAGUUUUGAAUGUGGAUUCCAUUGCUAAGGUGAGGUCUUCUCUCCUUUCUUCUUCGCAUUUUGCAAAUGAUAUAGAAGGGUUUUAGUAAAACAGGUUUUGUUGAAUUGGGAUUGAAUUUUGUAUGUCUCAGGUUUGGCGGCUGUUGGGGAAUCUCUAUUCUUAGUUGAGAGAUGGCUGUUAGUCGUAAUGUUAGUUUUGUGGAAUGGGAAGAACACAUUAUUUGCCAUGAGCGUGGGAACCGAGUGGUUCACUAUUACUUGAAGAAUGCUUUGGGGCAGUCUCUGUUAGCUGUGAUAGGGUCUGAGCGGAGCGUAAGGCAUAUGAUAUACGUUGUUUGCGAUGGGUUCUUGGUUGCUUAUGGGUCUGAUUUUGGCGUCAGUGCCUCCACGAAAUGGAGAGUGAGACGAGAAGUUGUGGACUGGCUUGCCGCCAUGGUAUCCAGGGAUCGAGGGGUUGCAGGUAUGCGGAUUGAUAUCUUAGUAGCAUCACGACUUGUCUUUUUUGUGAUAUGAAUAGUAGCUAAGGAUUUGAAUCGUUCUUUGCUUUCUUGAUUUACUUUUUGGUGUAUGGUUUUUGUGAUACCAUCCUAAUUUAGAGAUUUCAAAAAGCAUGUGUUGAACCUGCUCCUGCCUUGCACGCCUUAACAGAUUUCGGUAGCAGUGUUACGUGUUUGGUUAUGAUAGACUUAUGCUAUAGUAUUCUGGAGAAAGAUUCUGCAUUAGGGUCAAGAAUAUAGAGGAAGAGUCUGCAUAAUUGUUUGUGAUAUUGAAAAGCUCCAUUUGGUAGCUGAAUCUACUUCUCUUGGUCAUGUUAAUGUACCUUGCGUGUUUAGUUGUAGAUGCACUUCCCUUGGGAGUUGGCAUUGUGAUUUCGAAAUAAGUAUCGAGGAAAAAACGAACACACAGCUACUUACUCGAAGUACAACGAUAGGAAGUGAUGCUAUACAUUAUUUAACUUGCAUUGUUGUAGUUGUUAACACUUAGUUGUAAUAUGGAAUUCUUACUUGUCAACUUUCAGUUGAUUAUACUAUGGUUGAAAACUAGUGUCAGGGAUUGUUAAAGUUAGAAUGACAUUGUUUCAAUUGAAUUAGAUAUUGAGAGUUCAUGAUUUCCCAUAAUGUUAUAACGAUACUAUAUAGACUUUGAAGAGCUUUAAAUUCAUAUUCAAAUGCCUAGAUAAUCUGUAUCCAUAUGCUUUUCCAGUUAAUACCUGUCUACGCCGAGUGUUGUUCAAUGUGACCUGAAUUCCAACGAUUAUGCAUCACGUGUCUCAAUCCCAUUGUUUGUUUGUCUUUCUAUAAUGUCACAGAUUAUAUUUUUUCCUUAGUUGGAUAACUGUGGUUCUCUUCCGAAAAAGAAAGCUAUCUCUGUUUUCCCUUUAAGUCUCCAUUUGAACAAUAUGGAAAUUACAACUGUGAUGCAAGUCGUCUUGACUAAAUCUGAAUUCUAUUUAAAAUUUACUACGGCAAAACGUUGAUUUUCCCCCAUCUCUCUUCAAUUUUGGAAAACAUAAUUUAUCAUAUUACUCAAAUCAGAGAACUGUAUUCUAGUUUGCAGUAUGAUAAACGUGCUUUGAAGGU